AUGAUCGUGCUUUUGAUUCCUCCUAGCAUCUCAUCUUUAGACACUGAUCACAUCACUGAACAUUUACAAGCCAUGGCUCCAUCGAAUAAGCAGAAGCGAGGCCAUCCCAAAUCGAAACCCUCGUCAUCCAAGCGUCGCAAGACCGCAAAGGCAGGCCCUGAAGCACCUAGCCAGUCCGAGGAAGCUGACCCUCAAUCGACCAUCCCAUCCCAAGCUCAGCCUGCGAGCCCGGUACACUCAUCGUCCAGCGACCUGUCGUACAAGAUUUAUGAUGGCCUCAACCGCUAUGGCGAUCUUGAACCGUCCGGUAUCAUAGUCGAUGUCGAGCUACCAGCUGAUAUCAAAGAGUAUGCAGAUAUCACGGUCUUGAGUAUCAGUAGGCUCCGAAAUGCUGAGCAGGGCGGAAUAGAAUCGUUUCAGCAGCAGAUAGCUGAAGUCAACAGCAGACACAGUAUGCACCAUGAAUGGGUGGGGCUUAUACACAAGGCCAUUCUUCGCCUGAAACUAGAGAACAGUGUAUCAUUCACAACUGUGGAAGACAAAGGUAUGUGA